AUGUCACUGGCACACACAGCUGCAGAGUAUAUGCUCUCUGAUGCCCUGCUGCCUGACCGCCGGGGCUCUCGCCUCAAAGGACUGCGGCUCGAGCUGCCCCUGGACAAGAUAAUCAAGUUCGUCACUGUGGGCUUCCCCUUGCUGCUGAUGUCUCUGGCUUUUGCCCAAGAGUUCUCAUCAGGAUCUCCGAUCAGCUGCUUCUCUCCCAGCAACUUCAGUGUCAGACAGGCUGCCUAUGUGGACAACUCCUGCUGGGACUCCCUGGCUCACCAUAAGCAGGACGAGGCUGGGCAGUACCAGGUGAAGUCUCUCUGGCCUCACAAGGCUCUCCCCUACUCUCUCCUGGCUCUGGCUGUCGCCAUGUAUUUGCCAGUACUGCUGUGGCAAUAUGCAGCUGUGCCAGCCCUCAGCUCUGACCUGUUGUUCAUCAUCAGUGAACUGGACAAGUCCUAUAACCGUUCCAUCCGCCUGGUGCAGCACAUGUUGAAGAUCCGGCAGAAGAGCUCUGAUCCCCAUGUCUUCUGGGAUGAGCUAGAGAAGGCCCGGAAAGAACGGUACUUUGAAUUCGCCUUGUUAGAGCGGUACCUGGCAUGCAAGCAGCGCUCCCAUUCGCUAGUGGCCACCUACCUCCUGAGGAACUCCCUCUUACUCCUCUUCACCUCAGCCACUUACCUAUACCUUGGCCACUUCCACUUAGAUGUCUUCUUCCAAGAAGAAUUCAACUGCUCCAUCAAGACAGGGCUGCUACAUGCUGAGACCCAUGUACCAGAGCUGAUCACCUGCAGGCUGACCUCCCUGUCUGUCUUCCAGAUUGUUAGUCUCUCCAGUGCAACAAUAUACACCCUACUGGUCCCGGUGAUAAUAUACAAUCUCACACGGCUAUGUCGGUGGGACAAACGACUCCUUUCCAUCUAUGAGAUGCUGCCAGCUUUUGAUCUCCUCAGUAGAAAGAUGCUGGGAUGCCCCAUCAAUGACCUCAAUGUGAUCCUUCUUUUCCUCCGAGCUAAUAUCUCUGAGCUCAUCUCUUUCAGCUGGCUCAGUGUUUUAUGUGUGUUGAAAGACACAACCACCCAGAAACACAACAUUGACACAGUGGUUGAUUUUAUGACCUUAUUGGCUGGGUUAGAACCCUCCAAACCUAAACAUCUCACCCAACAGGUGCAUGAUGAACACCCAUAGUUAAGAAAGGAACCAUGGAGAGAUAAGUUUUGUAUAAAGUUACUCUCCUUCUUCACAAGCUAUACAAAAUAAAAGACCAAAAAUUAAUAAAGAUGAUGAUAAUUAUAUCCACUUAAAAUCGCUAAGGUUAUAUCAGCUGACUUUCCUGUAUUUAUAAGAAGAUAGAAUCAAUGCAUGAAUAUUCAAUGUGAAGUCUAGAAAUGAAGAGUCAAAGAAUAGAAAAAUUAGGUCUAGAGAAUUCUGAGGACAGUGACACCGAAUGAAUUGAAGUCUAGACUUCGAACACAGAAAGACUCUAAAGGCCAUUUAUGGAGGAAAAUUCUCUCAAUAUCCACUCACUCUAGAAGUCAUGCUUGCCUCACCCCAAUGAGCAGGUAGAACAAUUUAGUAAGAGAUUAGUAAGGAUAUGAAACCCCUGGAAACACUCUGAUUCGCCUGUCCAUCUUGCUGUGUAGACACCUUCAGCCUUACCAAACCCUCCAUGGCCUGCAAAGUAAGACAAAAAAUGACUUUAACUUGCAGUCUGCUCGUGGAAUAUUAGGACAGAAGCAAAGACCAUGAAAGGAAUCUUUAGGGGACAAACACACUUUUAAUUAUGUAAACUGGCCUCUUUUCCACAGGGGCUCAGAUUACGGACUAAGAAGAAUUUCACAAGUCUUAAUAGUUCAAGAGAUUCCACACCUUCACCUACAGCCAACAACUUAAGGACAGUAGGUUAAGGUGCUUGCUGCUGAGUCUGAUGACCUGAG